AGGCAUCACAGUGGUCUACCUCAUCCACCUAACCAGUCCUACAAACAUGCGUUUCUUGUCAGUGACGGUGAUGUUGGCCGUGAUGGCCGGUAUUUGCUGCGGUGGACUGAUUGGUGGAUAUGGUGGUCACGGUGGUCUUGGUGGUCUUAAAGGGCUUGGUGGUUAUGGUGGCUACGGUGGCGGCGGCGGUUAUGGUGGAGGCUUGGGUGGUUUUGGUGGCUAUGGAGGCCAAGGUGGAGGAUUCAAUGGUGGAUACGGAGGCCAGGGAGGUCACACAUUCGUGCUGAGCAAGAGCCACGGAAGUCAUGGAGGAUUUGGUCUUGGUGGACAAGGUCAAUUUGGCCUGGGUGGAAUUGGUGGAGUUGGCAAAGGCGGAUUUAAUAAGUUUGGCGGUGGUGGAGGACUCGGUGGACUUGGUCUGGGUGGACUUGGUGGACUUGGAUAUGGCGGAUACGGAAAGUAGGCAUCUUGAGUCGUUUAGUCCCAACGAAGCCACGGAGAUGUUCCUCAGUCCUCGUUACCACUACUGAAUAAAGAAUCAAAAGUGAA